GCGGGCGCGGCGGGACGGCAGUUUGAAAGGCUUGGUGAGGAGUUCGGAGCUGCUGCUGAGUUUUUCCGGGCCGUUCCUGCAGUUGCUGUGGCGAGAUUGGAAUCCUUUGCGGUGCCUGCUCCGAUUGUUCGCUCUCCGGGAGAGUAAAUCUCUCAGUACCCACUGGCCUGCUCUCGGGAAGGCGACAAGAUGCUCUAGAGCCCUCAGUUUUCUUUCCAGUGAAAACAGCCCAGAGUCCGAGGCGUCCGCUGUCGGCGGUUUUGCCGGGAGUUUGUUGCUUUGAAAAAUGGCUACUGGACAGGAUCGAGUGGUUGCUCUGGUGGACAUGGACUGUUUUUUUGUUCAAGUAGAGCAGCGACAAAAUCCUCAUUUGAGGAAUAAGCCUUGUGCAGUUGUACAGUACAAAUCGUGGAAAGGUGGUGGGAUUAUUGCAGUGAGUUAUGAAGCUCGUGCAUUUGGGGUCACUAGAAACAUGUGGGCGGAUGAUGCUAAGAAGUUAUGUCCAGAUCUUCUACUGGCACAAGUUCGUGAGGCCCGUGGGAAAGCUAACCUCACCAAGUACCGGGAAGCCAGUGUCGAAGUGAUGGAGAUAAUGUCUCAUUUUGCUGUGAUUGAACGUGCCAGCAUUGAUGAGGCUUAUAUAGAUCUGACCAGUGCUGUACAAGAUAGACUUCAAAAGCUGCAGAGUCAGCCUAUUUCAGCAGACUUGUUGCCGAGUACUUACAUUGAAGGGUUGCCCCGAGGUCCUACAACGACAGAAGAGACUAUUCAGAAAGAGGAGAUGCGAAAACAAGGCUUACUUCAGUGGCUUAAUUCUCUUCAGUUUGAUAACACCACCUCUCCAGACCUGCAGCUCAAUGGGGCAGUGAUUGUGGAGGAAAUGAGAGCAGAAAUCGAGAGGCAGACUGGUUUUCAGUGCUCAGCUGGAAUUUCACACAAUAAGGUCCUGGCAAAACUGGCCUGUGGGCUAAAUAAGCCAAACCGUCAGACUCUGGUCUCACACGGGUCAGUCUCACAGCUCUUUAGCCAAAUGCCAAUUCGUAAAAUCCGUAAUCUCGGAGGAAAGCUAGGGGCCUCUGUCAUUGAAAUUCUAGGGGUAGAAUACAUGGGUGAACUGACCCAGUUCACUGAAUCCCAGCUCCAGAAUCAUUUUGGAGAGAAGAAUGGGUCUUGGCUAUACGCCAUGUGCCGAGGGAUUGAACAUGAUCCAGUUAAACCCAGGCAGCUACCCAAAACCAUUGGCUGUAGCAAGAAUUUCCCAGGAAAAACAGCUCUGGCUACUCGGGAACAGGUACAAUGGUGGCUCUUGCAGUUAGCCCAGGAACUAGAGGAGAGACUGACUAAAGACCGAAAUGAUAAUGACAGAGUGGCCACCCAGUUGGCUGUGAGCAUCCGUGUACAAGGAGACAGACGUCUCAGCAGCCUGCGCCGUUGCUGUGCUCUUACCCAUUAUGAUGCUCAUAAGAUGAGCCACGAUGCUUUUGCUGUCAUCAGAAACUGUAAUACUUCUGGAAUCCAAACUGAAUGGUGAGUUUUUUUCUAGUGCAUAUUCUCAAAAGACUUUUCCAGUGUUAGCUCUAAAAUUAGUGUGCAUCCGAGCUCUUUCAGCUGGGGUAGGCUCUUUGUGACUCAGACUAGUAGCACCUAUUACAGAGGGGAUGGUCAUGCACUAAGGGAAAGAACACAGAAAAAAGGCAGCUCGGCUGCAGCUUCUUUGCCUGUGGCACAUUUGGUUCCCAGGAGUAGUUAGAAGGA